AUGAAAGCAAUCAAAGAUGUAAGCAACUUCGAUUUUGAUGGAGAAUAUUUGAAAGACCACAUCACUGAAGAUCAUAUCACUAAAUUCCCGAUUAUGAACCACUGACAACACAGGGAAAACUGUUUUAUGCCGGCUUUCGUUACCUGCAAAGAAAAGAAUGUGAACGUAUGAAGAGCAUGUUUCGACCGGUUCCACCAAGACUGUAAUCAAGAAAAUCAUAAAGAUUUUAUAGUGACGUAUCAGACAGAUUCUCAAAUCUUCUACAAGAUCCACAUGAAUGAAGAAAUUGUGAACAGGUUGUGUGCCACUUUGGAUGAAGGGAAAGACCUUGCAUAUUAUAGCUUGCUUGACCGUAAUAGUAUUAUCAAGAGAAAGAUGGCCAUGGACGAUUAGAGAGACUUUGGUUCGUAAUCUCGAAAGCAUUUAA